AUGUCUCCCUCCACUAUGAAGCAAUGGGUUGUGCAGGACAAGGAACACGACCUCGACGGUCUGGUCUAUAAGGAUGCCACCGUCCCAAAAGUCGGUGAAAAUGAAGUCCUGGUGAAGCUUCAAGCUGCCUCAUUGAACUACCGUGACUUGAUUAUUCCCAAGGGCGCAUACCCCUUCGCCCUCAACUUCCCCGUCGUCCCAGGAUCCGACGGUGCCGGCGAAGUCCUCGAAGUAGGAUCCAAGGUCGUUGAAUUCAAGAAGGGCGAUCAGGUCGCAACUCUCUUCAACCAGGGCCACCAAUAUGGCCCCAUUGACCCACAUGCCGCGGCCACCGGUCUGGGCGGUGCUGUCGACGGCACUCUCCGCGAGUAUGCGGUUUUCAACGAGCAGGGUCUUGUCAAAGCUCCCAGCAAUCUGACUGCGCUUGAAGCGAGUACUCUCCCAUGCGCGGCGCUUACCAGUUGGAAUGCGCUUUAUGGCUUGAAGCCCUUGAAGCCUGGUCAGGUUGUUUUGGUACAGGGAACUGGUGGAGUUAGUAUUUUUGGAUUGCAGUUCGCCAAGGCUGCAGGCGCAACAGUGAUUGCGACAACCUCCUCUGCCGAGAAAGCCGAGAAGCUGAAGAAGCUCGGCGCUGACCAUGUUCUCAAUUAUAAGACUGAUCCUAACUGGGGCGAAGCAGCUCGCAAGCUGACCCCUGGUGAGACUGGUGUUGAUCACAUCAUUGAAGUGGGUGGUAGUGGAACCCUUCAGCAGAGCUUCAAGUGUGUCAAGCUGGAGGGUAUCAUCAGUGUCAUUGGGUUCCUCGGAGGUGUGGACCCCAAGACUCAGCCGACUGUUUUGGAAACAUUGACGCAUAUCUGCACUGUUCGGGGUGUGUAUGUUGGCAGCAAGGCUCUCAUGAAGGACAUGGUUCAAGCCAUUGAGGCCAACGAUAUUCACCCGGUUGUGGAUGAAAAGGUGUUUAGCCUCGAUCAGACAAAGGAAGCCUAUGAGUAUAUGUGGGCUCAAAAGCACUUUGGCAAGUUGGCCAUCAAGAUCAACUAG